AUGGCGUCUCGACCAUCCACUGUUAAUGAUCCUGCGACAGCCAGCGCCGCCGACACCGACAUUCUCAUGACUACCGCCCAAGACCCCAGCCCCGCCCGCGCAGAACCCGCGCAGCCUCAGAAGCAAGCGCCUCGCGUGCGCGCCGUGCACGCGCGCAACCUGGACACGAUCUCCGGCGCGGAGGAGCUCAUGGCGUCCGUCGCGUGCGCCAUCGACGCGCACAGGGAGAUAUACGAGCACGGGACCGCGAAGGAGCUGCACGGGGACAUCAACCCGAACUCGAUCCUCAUCUUCGACCACCCGCCUCGCCCCGCCCCUAACUCGACUCAUGGAAGCGCGGAAGGGUCGGACAAGGAAGGGGAGACAAAGGGAGACGACGCACCGUGGGACUCGCCAUACGGCCCCUCCGCGGGCGCGAUGGUGUACUGGGAGCCGCCGAUCUCGCUCGCGACGCUGCGUCUGGUGGGCAACCCGGACAAGCCGCAGCCGCCGCCCGCGUGGAAGAGCGCGCGGUACCAGUACGUGAUGCCGCCGUGGGACGCGGGGUGA